AUGCAGCACUCUCAGUUAGCUCCGCUGCCAUGCGACGUGCCCUUUCGCAUUGUCAGCAAGACAAUCGGCCAAGGAGCUUAUGCCUGCAUCAAAAAAGCCUGUCCCUUGGACUCGGACAAUCCCGUCUUCGCCGUUAAGUAUAUCCACAAGGACUACGCCGCGCGACAUGGAAAGAUCAGUGCACGACAAUUGCAGCUCGAAGUCACCGUUCAUCGACACGUCACUGGCCAUAAUAAUAUUAUAAGCUUCUAUCAGACGGGCGAGGAUGAUAUCUGGCGAUGGAUUGCGAUGGAAUUGGCCGAGGGUGGUGACCUUUUUGACAAGAUCGAAGCUGACGAGGGUGUAGGAGAAGAUGUCGCACAUGUCUACUUCUCACAGCUUAUCAGUGCUGUCAGCUUCAUGCAUUCCAAGGGUGUUGGACACCGAGAUAUUAAACCCGAGAACAUGUUGCUCACCGGUGAUGGAAAUUUGAAAAUUGCAGAUUUCGGCUUGGCAGCACUGUUCGAAUACAAGGGAACCAGGAAGCUAUCUACCACAUUCUGUGGCAGUCCACCAUACAUUGCACCAGAGGUCAUUACCUGUAGUACUCGGGGCCAUGCCAAGGGUUCAGGGUAUUAUCCACAUUUGGUUGAUAUCUGGUCCUGCGGAAUUGUCCUUUUUGUUCUCCUUGCAGGCAAUACACCCUGGGACAGUCCCACCAAUGACAGUUAUGAAUUUCACGAAUACAUCGCUACAAAUGCAAGGACAACAGAUGAAUUGUGGCAGAAGCUACCUGCAUCAACGUUGUCUCUACUGCGAGGUAUGUUGACCAUAGAUCCCAAGGGUCGCUUCUCACUGGAGGAUGUGCGAAGACAUCCAUGGUAUACCCGGUCAAACAAAUACCUUUCAUCCGAUGGUAAAUUGAGAGACCCUAUCAACCUUGCUACAUCAAUGUUCGAGUCAUUGCACAUCGACUUCAGUCAAGACCCCCUUCCACAGAGGCGCAGAUGUGGCAGUCAAAGUGAUAUGGACCUGGACGGCGGCCAUGAGGCAUUUUCAUCCACUCAGCCAGAGAUGCUGGGAGGCGGUAUGGUGAUGGACUGGGACACGCCGUACGCGUCGGCUGAAUUGUCCUCCACACAACCUGUGGGUAAGCCGUUUGCAUUCCAGGAUAUUGUCAUGGCAGGCCACUUUGAGGACGAGCCGUCCAUGUCACAAUUUUCACAACAGCCAUCCGUACCUUUAAGCCGAACUCAGAAUGCCCGGAAGUUCCAAGAUAUCAUUCCCUCACGCACUAUGACACGCUUCUACUCCGCCUGGGAACUCAAACUGCUUGUACCUUUGGUCUGUGAAGCUCUUCAUCGGCUUGGCGUUCCAGUUCCCACGGUUUCUGCCGUACAUAACGGGGAUACUUCCGCUAUGAUUCGUGUCAUUGCCAAAGAUGGCCGGAUGUGCCAACUUCAGGGUAAAAUCCUCAUUGAAUGUGUCGCCGAGGGUGUAUUUGAAGUGGAAUUUGCCAAGAUUAAGGGUGACCCCUUGGAAUGGCGCCGAUUCUUUAAAAAAGUGGCAAUCCUUUGCAAGGAGGCCGUCUACAUGCCUGAUGAAUGA